UGUGUCUUUAAUAGGUCACUGAUUAUAUUACAAGCUUACAUAGUGUGAAAACAUCACUUACAACACGCAUCCUUCCACCAGCCAAACAAAGUCUCACUGGUUUUUGUUGAUGCUUCCGAAGCGCUGUUGUUUGGUACCAUUUUAAUAUUUCAAAACAUGGCCACGAAAUCUUGGACAUCGGGUACACAGUGUGUUGCCAAAAAGGAGCAUUGCGAACCUAAAUCUGGUGAAAUACCAUAUCACAAAGCUGAUGUUCUAACAAUUGUGGGACCCGGAACGAGGAAAGGGGAGUACAGAGCGAGACAUAACGCGACCGGAGAAGAAGGACUGGUCUUGGGUUCGAACCUCAGAGAGAGGGAGGCCCUACGUAUUGACCCAAAACUCAGUUUAAUGCCCUGGUUUCAUGGAAAGAUAUCUGGACAACAGGCCAUUGGCAAACUCAGGCCCAUGGAAGACGGUCUAUUCCUGGUUCGAGAGUCUAUUCGGCAUCCUGGUGAUUUUGUAUUGUGUGUUUGCUUCAAACAGAACGUCAUUCAUUACCGAGUCAUCUUCCAAGACAGCAAACUGACCAUCGACAACAAAGAAUUCUUUUACAACCUCAUCGACAUGAUCGAGUUUUACAGCAAAAAUAAAAGUGCCAUCGCUACAAUUCUACAAAAACCCAAAAUGAAAGAGGGGACAAAAUCUGCAGAGACAAAACUAUUGAAAACCGGCUGGUUACUGGACCUCACAAAGUUGACUUUGGGAGAGGCCAUUGGAGAGGGGGAGUUUGGUGCUGUAUUUGAGGGCGAGUAUGCAGGCCAGAGGGUCGCCGUUAAAAACAUUAAAUGUGAUGUUACUGCCCAAGCCUUCCUCGAAGAGACUUCUGUCAUGACAAAUCUCCAUCAUAAAAAUCUUGUUCAGUUAUUAGGGGUGAUUCUUCACAAUGGACUUUACAUCAUAACAGAACUCAUGACAAAGGGGAAUCUGGUGAAUUUUCUUCGCACACGUGGACGUUUUGCUGUGAGUUCGACUCAGCUGUUGCGCUUUGCACUAGAUGUUUGUGAAGGUAUGGAACACCUGGAAUCAAAAAAACUUCUCCACAGAGAUCUUGCAGGACGAAAUAUUCUCGUGUCUGAGGAUGCUGUCGCCAAAGUCAGUGAUUUUGGUCUGGCGAAGGUCAGCUCUAUGGCAACAGACAACUCAAAAUUACCCAUCAAGUGGACGGCACCUGAAGCUUUAAAGAACAAGAAAUUCUCCACUCACUCAGACGUUUGGAGUUUUGGAGUUCUUCUGUGGGAAAUCUUUUCAUAUGGCAGACAGCCGUACCCCAAGAUGUCGGUGAGUGAAGUGAGGGAGCGUGUUGGUCAGGGUUACCGUAUGGAGCCACCCGAUGAAUGUCCACCUGACAUCUACACCAUCAUGAGAUCCUGCUGGAACACAGAACCCAAGAAGAGACCGUCAUUCCACAAACUCAGAGACAAACUUGAGAAAGAGCACACGAAAUGAAACGUGAUGUACAGCGCUUAAUGUACAUGUGUAAAUGACUGCGGUGCAAGUUCAUCAGCAAGUUCACCCUUCUCAGAUGACAAAGUUCACGUUGAAUUUCAUGUCUUCAUGCACAUAAUGUAGUUUUAUUUAAUUUUCAUCACACUGUAUAUUGAUGUAGGUUUAUUUACUUUGUUUCUUUAAUUGUUGAAAAAAGAGAAAUAUCACAAAAGUGGUGGUGGUAGUGGACUAAAGCAUAUAACUGGUAAUCAGAAGGUUGUUGGUUCAAUCCCUACAGCCACCUCCAUUGUGUCCUUGAGCAAGGCACUUAACUCCAGAUUGCUCCAGGGGGAUUGUCCCUGUAAUAAGUGCACUGUAAGUCGCUUUGGAUAAAAGUGUCUGCCAAAUGCAUAAAUGUAAAUGUAAAACAUGUCCAGCUCACAUUUCACCACAAAAUAAUAUCAUAAUGAAAAACAGCAUUUUUCAUAAAGAGAAUUAAAGGGAUAGUUCACCCACAAAUGAAAAACCUGUCAUCAAAUUGUGCUUAAUUGUAGUUAAAAUAAUGAUACAAUGCAAAAUAAAUAAAUAAAGAUUAAUGAACCUAAAAUAGGCUUCAUUUUCUUUAUGUGCUUUGAUUUUGGGGUGAAAUGUGACCCGGACAUGUUCUUGACAGGUUUCAUGAGAUAUAAUAUAUAUAUAGAGUUAGUUAUACAUAAAUGAGAUCAAUCGGGUGAAGAAGAGGUCAUAUAGCAGCUAAUGUAAACAGACUUUUUUAUUUAAUUGAAUAUUCCCUAGAUAUAUUUUGAAUAUUGCUCAUUCACUAGAAAAUUAUUAUGAUAAUUUUUUUUAAAUACUCGUACUUAGACAUUUGUAUUCUUUUUUAAUUAUGUUUUUAUUGCCAAGAAAACACUCAUGUUGUACAUGCUUAAAGUUUUACAGCGUUUGAAUAUACUUAUUUAUUGUAACAACA